AUGGCUGUGGCAUCUACUGACCGACACCCCGACAUGCCGCAGAGCUCAGAGGCUUCCGACGGGUCUCUCGGACUCACCAAGGACACGGAGAAAAGCGAGCCAGAUUCAACAACAGAAAGCUCUCGUGAAUAUCCCACAGGCAUCACGCGGGCCUUGAUUAUUGGACCCGUCACCUUGACCUACUUCCUUUUCUUUCUGGAUCUAGCCGUUCUGUCCACCGCCACCCCGGCCAUCACCUCCGAGUUCAACUCUUUGGUCGAUGUCGGGUGGUACGGUGGUGCCUACCAGCUUGGUAGCUCAGCUUUUCAACCCCUGACGGGCAAGAUCUUCCGCUACUUUUCCAUCAAAUGGUCGUUCCUAGCAUUCUUUUUCGUCUUCGAAGUGGGGUCCCUCUUGUGCGGCGCCGCCCAAAACUCACCAAUGUUUAUCAUCGGCAGGGUCAUUGCCGGUGUGGGAUCAUCGGGCAUAUCGAACGGCGCUCUUACCAUCAUCUCGGCUGUCCUGCCACCGCGGGAGCAAGCCAGAUUUCUGGGCGUCAACAUGGGCCUUGGACAGCUAGGCCUGGCGCUGGGCCCGAUUAUCGGUGGUUUGUUUACUGAGUAUGUCUCUUGGCGUUGGUGUUUUUACAUUAACCUCCCCGUCGGCGGCGUUGUUGCCGUCCUGCUCCUCCUUUUCCGUAUUCCCGAACACGAAGCCAAACCGCCCGCUCGGGAAGUGCUCGGUACCGCUAUCAAGUCGCUCGAUCUCCCGGGCUUCAUGCUCAUCAGCCCUUCUGCCGUGAUGUUUUUGCUCGGCUUGCAGUACGGCGGCAACCAGUUUUCGUGGAACAGCUCUGUGGUUAUUGGUCUUUUGGUCGGUGCCGCAGCCAUGUUUGUGUUGUUCCUUUUCUGGGAGCGCCGCCAGGGGGACGACGCCAUGGUACCGUUUGCCAUGAUGACCCAUCGCAUCAUUUGGUCCGCGGCGGGGAACAUGUUCUUUCUUAUGGCCAGCAUCCUUGUCGCCGAUUUCUACCUCGCAAUUUACUUCCAGGCUGUGCACGACGACUCACCCUUGAUGAGCGGCGUCCACAUGCUUCCCACCACGUUGGGAAUUGUCUUGUUCACGAUGAUAUCGGGCACGAUGAUCGAAAUGUUGGGUUAUUACCUUCCCUGGGUGGUCAGCGGUGGCGCAUUAUCGGCCAUCGGUUACGGACUGCUAUCUCUCCUAAGCCCUACCACUACAGUCGCAAACUGGAUCGGAUACCAAGUCCUGUACGGAGUUGGUGGAGGCUGUAUGGCCGCAGGAGCCUACAUCGCGAUUCAAAACCUCGUCCCCACCCCCCAAAUCCCCACCGCCAUGUCCAUCAUCAUCUUCAGCCAAAACAUGGGCGGCGCCGUCUCGCUCGUCGCCGCCAACGCCAUCUUCAGCAACACCCUACGGUCGCAGCUCCAGGAACGGCUCCCGGUGACCGGCAUCGCUCCUGACAUGAUCAUCAACUCGGGCGUGCGCUCCGUGCGUGCGCUCGUCCCGCGCGGCGCGCCGCUGGCUGCCGUGCUGCAGGCCUACAGCAACAGCGCCGAUACGGUCAUGUACCUUGGCGUUGCGGUGAGCGUGGCGGCAUUUGCGUUUGCGUGGGGCUUGGGCUGGAAGGAUAUUCGUGUGGUUAGGAAGCUGAAUGCUAUCAAGGCUGACUCUUGA